AUGGCAGACAUCAAGCAAAGAAUACACGCAAGCCUGCAACACAUGUAUAGAUCAACUGAACACAUGCAAGCCUGCAACGGCAGGUAGAGAUCAACUGAAUAACGCAAGCAAGCCUGCAACGGCAGGUAGAGAUCAACUGAAUAACGCAAGCAAGCCUGCAACGGCAGGUAGAGAUCAACUGAAUAACGCAAGCAAGCCUGCAACGGCAGGUAGAGAUCAACUGAAUAACGCAAGCAAGCCUGCAACGGCAGGUAGAGAUCAAUUGAAUAACGCAAGCAAGCCUGCAACGGCAGGUAGAGAUCAACUGAAUAACACAAGCAAGCCUGCAACGGCAGGUAGAGAUCAACUGAAUAACGCAAGCAAGCCUGCAACGGCAGGUAGAGAUCAACUGAAUAACACAAGCAAGCCUGCAACGGCAGGUAGAGAUCAACUGAAUAACACAAGCAAGCCUGCAACGGCAGGUAGAGAUCAACUGAAUAACACAUGCAAGCCUGCAACGGCAGGUAGAGAUCAACUGAAUAACACAAGCAAGCCUGCAACGGCAGGUAGAGAUCAACUAAAUAACACAAGCAACCCUGCAACGGCAGGUAGAGAUCAACAGGAGAAUAUGUGUGAAACCUGCACUGCAAGUAAAGAUAAAUAG